UUGCGCUCACUUGGACUGAUAUUAUUACAGGACUUCGUGGAAUCAUUCGCUUCGGGAGUUAAAGUGGUAGUUCCCCACCUCGCUUGCCUUCUGCUCUUUGCGAAGCGCCCAUCUACCGUGUUGAGAUCAUUCUUUGCAUCGUGUUUUUUUUCUCCGAGAUUAUUCCAUAUAUUCACCCGCUCAAAAGUAGAUCUCUGGAUACGCGCUGGUUUUGUGGAACCUAAACACCAAGCUCUAUCAACAUUUCACUUCGAUUUUUGGAUGCACCGAUGAGAGAUCCAGUUUUCACAGGGACUGCCAUGGCUUAUCACCCCUUCCACGCUCAUCGGCCGACCGACUUCCAAAUGUCAGCUUUCCUAGCCGCUCAGCCCUCGUUCUUCCCUGCGCUGGCGCUGCCUCCCGGGGCUCUCACUAAGCCCAUGCAGGAUCAUACCCUCGCCGGAGUCGCGGAGGCAGGUCUCCAUCCGGUUCUGAGUCACCACCACCAGGCAGCUCAUCUGCGUAGCUUAAAGAGCCUAGAGCCGGAGGAAGAAGUCGAGGACGACCCAAAAGUGACAUUGGAGGCCAAGGAUCUGUGGGACCAGUUCCAUAAAGUAGAAACCGAAAUGGUUAUUACGAAAUCUGGCAGGAGGAUGUUCCCACCUUUUAAAGUUAGAAUAAAUGGUCUUGAUAAAAAGGCCAAAUAUAUAUUACUAAUGGAUAUAGUUGCUGCCGACGACUGCCGCUACAAAUUCCACAAUUCUCGCUGGAUGGUAGCGGGAAAGGCCGACCCGGAGAUGCCCAAGCGAAUGUACAUCCACCCGGACAGUCCAGCCACGGGAGAGCAGUGGAUGGCCAAGCCUGUUGCUUUUCAUAAACUCAAGCUGACCAACAAUAUAUCGGACAAGCAUGGAUUUGGUCAAGUGGGCUUGUUGAAUGAGACAUUGGCCGGGUACAGUGGAUUAGCAAUCCGUGCUCUGCCUCACCUGACUAUUUUGAAUUCCAUGCAUAAAUACCAGCCAAGGUUUCAUAUUGUGAGAGCCAACGACAUUCUGAAGCUACCCUACAGUACUUUCAGGACAUACGUAUUCCCUGAAACAGAAUUCAUUGCUGUCACCGCCUAUCAGAAUGACAAGAUAACGCAACUGAAGAUUGAUAAUAAUCCUUUCGCAAAAGGGUUUAGAGACACGGGGAAUGGACGGAGAGAAAAGAGGAAACAACUGACCCUUCCAUCACUGCGUAUGUACGAAGAUCAAUGCAAAGUAGACCGAGAUGGCGGCGAUUCUGAUGCGUCCUCCAGUGAGCCUACCACGGGAAGAGACGGUGGUCAUUCCCCAAUCGGACCGGUGUCUAGUCCCCUGAGGUUCAGUCGAAGCAGUCGGGAUGAGAAAACAUGCUCUGACAGUGAGCCCGAACUUGACCAUUCUGAUGACCGUGGAGCUGCAUCAACCAGCCCAGGACCUGAGCCCCGAUCGCCAUUUAGUCCGAGAUGUGAUGACCGGGUCAAAGAGAGGCCUACCGUGGAAAAGAAAGACGACUAUCAAGACUCCAAAAAAUCCAGCGAUUCGAUCUUCAGCAUCCGAAACUUGGAGAAAGACAAGACGGAGAGCAGGCAGAGGAAGGAUACAGAGCCUUCUAAAAAAGACUCGGAUAAUGCCGUCUUGAGCGGGAGCAAGGAGGGCUUUUCCCCGUUGAUGGUUCAGACUGAGAGUCCCUCUCACUUUAGCGCCAGCCAUUUACAAAGCCUGGCCCUCUCUGGCCUACAUAGUCAACAGUUCUUUAACCCACUGAACACCGGACAACCUCUACUUUUCCACCCUGGACAGUUUGCUAUGGGACCUGGCGCUUUUUCAGCUAUGGGCAUGGGGCAUCUAUUGGCUUCGGUUUCCGGAGCAAGUGGCUUGGAUAACGGUCUGUCAGGGCAAAGCACUGGGAAUACGCCGAACCCCUUUCCAUUUCACCUGUCGCAGCACAUGCUCGCCUCACAGGGAAUUCCGAUGCCAACCUUUGGGGGCCUCUUCCCAUAUCCGUACACCUACAUGGCUGCGGCGGCGGCCGCGGCCUCUGCCCUGCCUGCGAGCAGUGUGGCCUCCUCACUCUCUAGGAAUCCCUUCCUUACCAGCUCCCGGCCUCGCCUGCGAUUCAACCCUUACCAGCUCCCGGUGACCAUUCCUCAAAGCACAAACCUGCUGACCACUGGAUUGCCAAGUGGCCUGAACCCGUCAUCUGAAUCUUCUAAAUCUGGCAGCAGGGAGGCGAGUCCUGUACCUGAACAUAACCACAAAGCUGGAGCUAGCCAGAGAAACGGCUCACCGAAAUCAUCCCUGAAGGAAUCUAUUAAUGAACUCCAGAAUAUUCAGAGACUGGUUAGUGGCCUGGAGAGCCAGAGGGAGGCAUCCCCGACUCGAGAUUCUCCCAAGUGACCAGGCGACAUCCCUGCAACUUUUCACUGCAUUACCUGACAUUACUGGGGACGUUAGAUAUGGUUAUUUCUAAGUGAACAUAUCCCUUUACCUAAGGACGGAUUGAGUAAAUAUUCUGUGCCCGUAAAACAAAACAAAAAAUCACAUUACACUCAUAUGUACAACCAAAAGAAUAUAUCGGUCCAUAGGAGAAUAGACAACUUGAUGUUCUAGGGGAGAAAACUCGACCGGGUAUAGGGAAUGCUGCGAAGACAAUCUACAACUAAUCAUAUAUUUCAUGUAGAGCAUGUUGAUAAGACCUCGGCAACAUUCGAAGGAGGUCGAACAAUUUAUGAGGAGAUGGACAGAGUACAAGUCACAAGUACUCGAGGAGAGAGAUAUGCUUUCGUUUGUGUAAGAGCAUGUCGGCGAUGUCUACUGGACCUCAAAUUAUUGCUUUUGGCAGAGGAGUAGCGGUUCAACAUCAGGGAGGCCCAUGGACUCAAAACAAAACAAGCUAUGUCCAAAUAAUGAAAUCUAUUUCAAAAGGGAUUGGAAUGACACUCUGCAAUUCAAGAAAAUUAGUUUGACCCGUUUUCAAUAGACUAGCUGACGGACAAUUGUAUCUUAACUAUUUAUGUAAUUAAAAAAUAAUUCUGUACAUAAGCUAUAAGGAUCCAAGAAUAUGCAAAUUGGUAUUAAUUUAUUCAAAGCUGUACAUUGGCGUGUAUAUAAUAUUUAGAAUUUAACUCGUUACGUUUUUUUUUUCAUUUUACAUUGAACGUAUAUUGUAAAUGAAAGCUAUUUAGCGCUUGUUGGUUUGAAACAGAAACAGUGUUUCUAUCUGUGAGUCGUUGCUGUUUAAUCUGCCUGUGACACGUGAAGGAAAACGUGUGCCAUCAUUGCAUAGUAGCAAUUGCUGAAAUUAAAAACAGAAACACACUUAUCACUGGGGGAUGAGUUCCCCAUCUCUGAUACCGGACUGUUGUUAAGGUAGAAAACCUCAGGUUCAUUCACUCCAACACAGAAGAGACUAUUACAUUCCUCUUCAAGAACUGGGUAUAUACACAAGUAUCCCCCUUCGCUGAUUGUCCGGGAAUUUUUUUUAUUCUCUCACAAUUUCAAUAAAAAAAACAAUGUGUUGAAA